UCUCAAGAGUUUCAUUGCUGCAGCGGAAGCAUUCAAAUCCAGGGAACAUGGAGCUGUUGAUAUUGUCAAGGAUUUCUUUCAGAAUGGUGGUACUGGUAGGGAGUUCCUGCCUCUCUUGGACAUGCCCAAAUGGAAAACAAAUGAAGUUGCCUUAGUUUUUAACAGUCUUGAAAUUCUCUUCCAAAGAAUGGCGAGUGACCUAACCGAAUACCGUGAUUUGGGCGCGAAUGUAGCAAGCAGCAUUCUCAAAUCAAACAUGGAUACAAUCUACAGGACAAUGUUACCCUCUUCAAGUGCCACACAAAUUAAAUCGGCGCUUAGGCUUCUUACCACAAUGGUUACCCUCGGUCACCUGACAGCCCGCGCAGUGAUCACUCGUGUAGAUUUCGCUCACGAAAACCUUGUAGAGGCUAGUCAACGCAAAUCGCUCCAUGAUUUGCCAGACGUGCGCUCCACCUUUGUCAUGUUCAUCACAUCUUUCUUGUUGGAAGAAGAUUCAAUGCUAUUGCGUACGAUCAGCGAAAAUCCAGCUAUUCUCUGGCCCGUCUUUUUCCAUUUGCGUACUGACACCAUCGGUGUCGUACAGCUUUUUCUAGAAGCUCUCCGCGACAAAGUUGUCAUGAACCCGAUGCUCAGCAAAACGCUUAAAUUUCACAUUUUCAAAUCGAGCAAUCUAGUACAGUUGAUGCGUCUUUUCCAUUGGAUCGGACCUCAAAAGCCAAAAAGAUUUGGUAAGGAAGACACCGCUGAAGAGCCUCCUCUCGAUGAAGCUUUGGAGGAGGACAAAGUUACGAUUGCAGAACUUCUUCAAAGUCUCUUGCUUUCACUUACGACGUCACACAAAUUCGGAAUUGCUUUUCCUGAUUACAGUCUCGGUGUUGAUUCCAACACGAAGAACAACCUGAUUCCUUGAAAUGUUACAGAAUUUGUUCAACUUCUGGGGUGGAACUUCCCCGCGUAUUGUCGAAAUCCAGUCGCAGCUUGUCGUCAAGACAAUAGAAAAAUGUCCAGAUUUGUUGGAUUGCUAUUUUCGAAGUUUGGCACCAGAAAUUGACAUGAUACGAAUGUCAGUUCCCUGGCUGAAGCUGUGUUGCAUCAUAAAGGAAAUCAUUGAAACCCAAAAGUUGACAAUGGUCUUCAAUCCAAAAGAAAAACACACUGUAGCUCAACAGAUGCUGCGUGCAGCCACGUUGGUUGGUCCCCUCUCGCUUCCGCGAAACUUUUUCACGAAAGGUUUGCUCAUGGAUCAUUCCGGCAUCAGAUUGAACGUCGGCGAGAUUCUUCAGGUCAUAUUUGCCAAAGUCAACGAAUUCCAAAACAUUUUAAUGAAACACCCUAAAGCAAACAUGUAUUCGGAAACUGAAAAGAAGGACAUCUUUUCAGCCUUUAAGAAGAAAAUCUCGUGGCAAGUACCGCAGGCAUCAAAAUUGAUUGUAAUUUGCCGUGAAAUGCCCACCUUCAAAAAGCAGGUGUGGUACGGGAAAUGUUGGCUAGUUCUUUUAGAUCUAUUGGUGAACUAUGCAAAAUUCGGAUGGAUACCAGAAGAGGAACAAAUCAAUUUCCCCGCAACGGAAAUGGUUGCAGCUGUAAUGGAGUGUGACAACGAUUUUUCUAUUAAAGAAGAUCUUUUGCAGAACCUGAAAUUGGCUAUUUUUACCCUUAUCUCAUCGUUAUCACAUCUUCCAAAAAUGAGUGAAGACCAGCAAACAUGUUUGGUUUCCCAACUAUCAUCAUGCCUGAAAAAGAAUAUCAGGCCCGAAUUACGAUUGUGUGUUGGCUCACUGCUGCUCAAACUUGCCAAUCAACCAGAGCUGCCACAUCUACACCUGUCCUCAGCCGAGUUAAAUAUCUGGACAUCGUCACUAGAAAGGCAUCCUGAAGCUACUGAAUUCUUCGCUGAAGUCUUUUCAUCCUUCUUGACGUCAUCCGAAUCGUAUAAUGAAGAGUAUGAAUCCAUUUUCGGUGCUCUGAAGACCGUAAUACAAGAACAGCCAUGCAGUCAACUUGUCCUGGCGGCCUGGAAAUGCAUUAACCAAAUAGACGGUGAUCAGGAACCCAUCGCCUGUUAUAUCUCGGCGGUGAUGUGCGAUCUAGUACCUUGCCAAAAAGGUGACCUGAAAGCAUUCGCAAACGUUUUGUUAAAAGCCGCCCCCAAGAGCUUAUCUUCGAGGCCUGCACUGGACAGUUUCUUAAAAUCGUGGACUAAGAAGAAGCGACCGGCUGACAUAUCGACAAUGGGGCUUGAUCGCACAUCCGUGAUUCUCUAUAACUGCUGCUUUCCGAAUGAAUUGGAUUGGACUACAUUAAAAGCGGAAUGGGAAAGCGAAAUUGCUGCCAAGAGAAAUCGAUUAGACAUUGUCGAAGUAACUUUCUAUCAAUGUGUUACCUGCCUUUCAUUAUCUGCUUCGCGGAAGUCGGAUCAGUUGAAUAUUUUAAGCCUCUUACGCAUCCUUGUCGACGGGGAAGUCGAUGGAUCGGGCUAUCCUCUUCACGUCAAAUUGCUCGAAGACUCUCGCACUUUAGAAUGGUUCGAUCUGAUGAACACACGUGAUUCGUACAUCGUGGAAUUCAAUUCACUCGUCCAAGACUCGUUGAAGCUUGUCCAAGAUCAUCGUUUGGAUCAGCUCUACCAACGUAAACUGAACGAUUCGAUCGCCUCUGUUAUCCAAGGCGAAGGUUCCCUUGAAGAGAUUGACGAAGACAAGCUACUGCUCUCAUUGUCUGAAUUAAAGAUUAACGAAAUUGAGCCUCAAAUUCAAUCGCUUGUUAACCGGUUAACGUCCACGGCCGACGACGUUUGCCUGCGUUACCUGAAUGUGUUUCUUCAGUUAGCUGGUAGACUGCGACUAGAAGGUGUAAUGCAGCGGAUCUCCUGGUCAGUUUUUUCACAAGCUCUUCAGCUUUUUGUUUCCUUCGAUGCCACUCCAAUUUUGAAGAAGGGCAUCUACGAUGUUGUCAGCGUCUGCCCAGAAUUUCUCGAUGCGAUCGACGACUUCACGGCUGUUUUAAACGCUUGCCUCAAAUCCAAGUGGGAUUACACAUCCUUCGGCCUUCUUUUGGUUACGUCAUCGAGCCAGUUGUGCACUGCAUUCGGUCAGUGGUGUCUGGGACACAAAAAACGUUUAAAGGAUAUCAACUGGAGGUUGCAAAUCAUUCCGGCUUAUCUCGCUAAUGCAGCAGCCGACGACAAAGUUUUGGAUAUGAUCCAUCGAUACAUGUCUCCAGUAUUGAAGCAGCUUUUGGUCAAUCGCUCUGAUUUCCUUAAAGUAUGUGAUGAAAUCCCCAAAUUAACGGAAUUUCUCAGCGUUCUAAUACCGAAACGCUGGACUGUGGAAGACUGCCAUGAAUUGGCCACACAACUAUUGUCAUGUACCAAAAAAGGUUUCAGUUGUUCCCAGUUUGUUGAAGCCGGCCGGCAUGGCACCCAUUAUGAUCUUCAUGCCAAAUUGUGUCUCCAUUCAACUGUUCGUCAGUUCAAAUCCGAGAAUCCGGAACCAAGUGAAGUGGAGCAGCUCACCCAAGAAUUCGAUUGGCUAUCCAAACAGACACAAGCUGAUCUCCCUACCUUGGCCAAAUCCAUUGUUGAAGAUGCUGUUUGGAGUAAAUUCCUCAAGUAUACGCUGCGUAUCGGUCUUCGUGCUCUCACUAUUAGUGAAUCACCUCUACCACCUUUGGCCCUGCGACUCAUGACCAACGUUUGGCAUCUACUUUUGGCCGGCCAAGGAGAAGAAGUGGCGACAGCAUCACAGAAGGUCCAUGAGAUGGUUAUCAGCCAUUCGGAAUUUAUGACUGUUAUAAUGGACGAAAGGGAGACGUACACGGAACAAAAGAAAGCAGUUUUGCAGCUCUUGACCGUACUGAUUCGAGUGAAUCCAAAAAUUUGUCAAGGCAGUCAAAUUCCAUUGCUGUUGUCGUCUUAUCACGCAACCAGGUCGACUUCGGAUCAACUCAUUUUAGGAUUGCUGCGUACCUACGAGAAAAAUGGCGUUGUACUGUCGCCUUUCAAGCCGUAUCUAUGGGGACCAGCGGCCGCUGCCCAUUAUUCAAUUCAAAGAGGUGUAGCUACCCGGAUUGCUAAAUUGCCGGAAGCUGCUGAAGUGCUAUCCUUAUUGAAUAGCAAAAAGCUACUGCACACCGCCUAUAAUUUCCCCAUCGAACUCAGGCUCAAUGGCAUGGAAAUCACUCGAGAAAGCGAAGACUACGAUCCGCGUUUCACCCUUUUGUCAUUAGUUCACAUUCUCUCUUCACAGUAUGAAGUUCAAUGUGGCAGGUUCUCGCAAUCGGGAGCCAUAUCAUUACUUUUCGCUACGCUUAGCAGUCCCAUGCAGCGAUAUGAGAUCGCUCGGUUGGCUCGGUUUGAGCCGUCUUCAUGACCAGUUUCAGAGUGCGACCGCUUGGCCGGAACGUUGUUUGUGGAUUCAUCUGAUCAAUUGCGUCCGAUAUGGCGCUGCCGAUUACUUCAGAGAGCGAUUCAAUGGUGCUCGCCAGUUGCCUCCUAAACUCCCCAAUAU